UCAAUGAUCGACGCCAGGGACGAGCACUCACCACAGACCCGAACAAGUCAAAACUCUAUGCAGCCCCUGAAGCAGUCAACAAUUUACCCUCACAUUCUGCCUAUAUCGAGCUCACGCCAGUAUGGCUGGCCUCGCUGGGCCAGCGCACAUUAUUUGUGCUACGUUUUCAGGAAUACCCAGAUUCGCGAAUCCGGGAAACGAGGAGCUCCUUCAUAUUGUGUCGCAUAACACUCUCGAGGAUCAUCAUGCGACAGUACCGAAGACGGGUCGUUCCGGAUCCGUCCACAGAGAUGGUUCGUCGACCGCAGUCGACUGUCAUAUAUUCAUAUCGUGUAGUUCCUCAUCUGCAACCUGCCAGGCGAUGUGACUCCACGUCAACGACCGAUUCAGCUCCCUAGCCACAGUCUCACCACACCUAACCAGAAAAACCUGGAAACCAGAACCCAACCAUGUCACCAACAAGCCCACCCCGUCACCACAUGCUCUCAGUCCCAUCCGCCCUCCUCACGCUCUUAUCCACCGCCACCCUCCACAUCCCCUCAUCAACCGCUCAACAAAUCGGCAACCUCACUCCCGAAAUCCACCCCCUCCUCCCAACCCAAUUCUGCAAUUCCACCGGGGGGUGCACCACCCUUAAAACCUCAAUCGUCGCCGACGCACUAAACGGCGCGCGCCCCUUCCACUUAGCCUCCGACCCCUCCAUCUCCUGCAGCAACCCCCUAACCCUCAUUGCCACGAACACCACCCCCUCCGAGUCCCUCUGCCCCUCGUCCGAGUCCGACCCAACCACAUGCCUCGCACGGAACUGCGUCCUCGAAGGCCUCGACUACGGCAGCAUCGGCGUCGCGACGCGGGGCAGCGCGCUCACGCUGCGACAGUACCUGUUCAAUGGCGAGCAGUACGAGGCCGUCAGUCCGCGGGUGUAUUUGUUGGGGGAGGAUGGGGUGAAUUAUGCAGGGUUGAGGUUGCUGAAUCAGGAGUUGAGUUUUGAUGUGGAUGUCUCAAGACUGGGGUGUGGUAUGAAUGGCGCGCUGUAUCUGAGUGAGAUGAGCGUCGAUGGGGGGAGGAGUGCCAGUGAGGGGGUGAAUCCGGCGGGAGCGGAGUAUGGGACGGGAUACUGCGAUGCGCAGUGUUUUACAAACGUGCCGUGGAUUAAUGGACUGCCCAACCUAAACUCCUCCGGCGCCUGCUGCAACGAGAUGGACAUCUGGGAAGCCAACUCCCUUGCCAGCGUUUUCACACCACACACCUGCAGCAGCCCCGGCUCCUUCCUCUGCACCGGCGACGAAUGCAUCCGCACGCCCACCGGCGGCUCCGGGGUCUGCGACAAAGACGGCUGCGGGCUCAACACCUUCGCCCUCGGCGUGCCCACAUUCUACGGCCCCGGCACGGGCCAAACAGUCGACACCUCCCGCCCGUUCACCAUCGUCACCCAAUUCCUUACGAGUGACAACACCUCCACCGGCACCCUCACCGAGAUCCGAAGACUAUACAUCCAAGACGGCAAUCUGAUCCCCAACACAGCCGAAACAACCAACCCCGCCGUGCAAGCCAUGCCAGGCGGCUUCAAGGGCGCCGUGACGCAGGACUACUGCUCCGCGCGGAACACGUCAGAUUUUCUCCGUCUCGGUGGGAUGGCUGGCAUGGGGGAGUCGCUUGCGCGGGGGAUGGUGCUGGUCAUGAGCAUCUGGAAUUCGCCGGGGGACUUUAUGAGCUGGCUUGAUGGCGAGGGCAACGGGGCGGGGCCGUGCAAUGCCACUGCGGGCGAUCCGGCGCGGAUUGUGGAGCUCACGCCGGAUGUGGCUGUUACUUUUUCGAAUAUUCGGUGGGGGGAUAUUGGCUCGACGUUUAACCUGUCUUCGUCUUCGUCUUCGGGGGCGGAUGGGGGGGAUGUUGUCGCGAGUAAGGUGGUUACUGCGGAGUCAGGGGCUGGGUUAGCUACGGGGCAGGCGAUGGGGUUGAUGACGGGCGUUGUGGUCGGUUUGGCGGUGAUGCUUGGGGCGUUGCUGGUGUAGAAAAUUCCGGCACGGCGGCAGGACCCUGGGCUGGUUUAUGUACAAUAGAAAGAAGAGUAGAUUGCUUGUAACGUACUCAGAUUCCCUUUGCUCUAAUGCACCA